GAGAAUUCCAACACAUUUUUCGAACACCAUCCUUCGACAGACACCGACAUGCUUAGGUCGACUCUACGGUCAUCAUGUCGCUAUGGCGGCCCCUCGCUUACUCUCGGUUCGUCGAGGACCCUUACCACAGCUUCCCUGACCAAACGGGCCUUUGCCCCCCAAAUCACAGCUGCUCGCGGACCGGGCAGCUUGACCACACACAGGAGAUGUCUGGACCUAGUUUCAAGAAAUAACUCCACUGACGCCUCGAGUAAAGGAGUGGUACGGUGUUUGCCAGAACAUACAAACUGGUUCCCUUUCCCUGCUGCCUGACUUAUGAUCUCAUCCUACCUAACAAACAACCCGCCCCCAGCAAACUCUUACCCCGAAGCCGCAGAAUCAAGCUGACUUCCCGCUCCGCUUCUACAAUAGGACCCAAGUGACUCUUUCCUGCAGGGCAAUACUGCUAAUUACAUCGACGAAAUGUACCUUUCAUGGAAAAAGGACCCGUCGAGCGUCCACAUUUCCUGGCAGGUAUAUUUCAGGAAUAUGGAGGGGGAUUGCCCUCCCUCACAGGCGUUUCAGGUACCCCCGACACUUGUUCCCACCCCCACCGGUGGUGUUCCCUCUCUCGUACCCGGUGCACACCUUGGCGGAAAUACCAAUGUCACCAAACAUUUAAAGGUGCAACUUCUCGUGCGUGCCUAUCAAGUUCGUGGUCACCAUAAAGCAAAUAUCGACCCCCUCGGCAUCCGUUCAGGUGCACAGCUUGGCGGAACAUCGCAGCCCAGAGAGCUUGAACUUGAUCACUACCAGUUCACUGAGAGGGACCUUGAUGAUGAGUACACCCUUGGUCCUGGCAUUCUUCCAAGGUUUGCUGUCAAUGGGAACGAAAAGAUGACGUUGAGGGAGAUCAUUGCUGCUUGUGAAAAGACCUACUGCGGCUCUUAUGGCAUUGAGUAUGUUCACAUUGCGGACCGUGACCAGUGUGAUUGGAUCCGUGAGCGUGUCGAAAUCCCUACCCCUUGGGAAUAUGACAACCACGAGAAGCGUCGUAUUCUGGACCGCUUGAUCUGGUCCAGCUCUUUUGAGAGCUUCUUGUCGAAUAAAUACCCGAACGACAAGAGAUUUGGCCUCGAAGGGUGUGAGGCACUAGUGCCGGGUAUGAAGGCCCUUAUUGAUAGGUCGGUCGAUCGCGGGAUCAAGGACAUCGUUAUUGGAAUGCCCCACCGUGGUCGCCUGAAUGUCCUUUCCAAUGUCGUGCGAAAACCGAACGAGAGUAUUUUCAGCGAGUUCGGAGGCACUGCCGAGCCAAACGAUGAAGGCUCCGGGGACGUGAAGUACCAUUUGGGCAUGAAUUUCGAGCGUCCCACACCUUCCGGGAAACGGGUACAGUUGUCUCUGGUCGCUAACCCCUCGCACUUGGAGGCGGAGGACCCUGUUGUCCUCGGUAAAGCUCGUGCGAUCCAGCACUUCAACAACGACGAGAAGAGCCAUAAUAGCGCUAUGGGCGUGUUGGUGCACGGAGAUGCGGCUUUCGCUGCGCAAGGUAUUGUAUACGAGACAAUGGGCUUUCAUGCCCUCCCCGCUUAUUCCACCGGUGGAACCAUCCACCUGAUUGUCAAUAACCAGAUUGGUUUCACCACCGAUCCUCGCUUUGCUAGGUCUACACCGUACUGUUCGGAUAUUGCAAAGUCAAUUGAUGCACCGAUUUUCCACGUAAACGCUGACGAUGUCGAGGCUGUCAACUUUGUUUGUGAGCUUGCCUCUGAUUGGAGGGCCGAGUUCAAGCGCGAUGUAGUUAUCGACUUGGUUUGUUACAGAAAAUAUGGUCACAAUGAGACGGAUCAGCCUAGUUUUACUCAACCUCUCAUGUAUAGAAAGAUUGCCGAGAAACAGUCCGCUCUAAAUCGCUACAUCACUCAGCUUAGGCAGGAAGGCACUUUUACUGAUAACGAUAUCCAGGAGCACAAGGAUUGGUGAGAAGGCGAUUCUCCCGAAGCCUGUAAAGAGUCCAACUGACACGAAAUGCAGGGUAUGGUCUAUGCUCGAAGAUAGUUUCGCCAAGUCCAGAGAGUACCAACCAACUGCUAGGGAAUGGUUGACUUCCGCUUGGAACGGUUCGUUUGCAGAUAAGAUAUCCAAGAACGAUGAGCAUGUACUGAGUAGAAUCAUAGGCUUUAAGACACCAAAGGAGUUGUCGACGGAGAUUUUGCCUCAUCUCCCCACGGCUAUUGAGGAGAGUCAGCUGAAGCACAUUGGCGACGUCAUCGGUUCCGUCCCGGAGGGGUUUAGUGUCCACAGAAACCUGGGCCGUAUCCUUUCUAAUCGCAAGAAGGUUGUUGAUGAAGGCAGUGGUAUCGACUGGUCUACGGCAGAGGCCCUUGCCUUUGGAAGUUUGUUGAUGGAAGGGCAACAUGUUCGUGUCAGUGGACAGGAUGUCGAGCGUGGGACUUUCUCCCAGAGACACGCCGUUCUGCACGAUCAGGAGAACGAGAACACCUAUACCCCCCUUCAACAUCUAAGCGGCACGCAAGCAAACUUUGUCAUUUCAAACUCUUCUCUGAGUGAAUUCGGAGUGUAAGUUUCGGGUUAUCGCUUUUCUCAAGUGCUAUAUAGAGCUAAUAACAUUAGUCUUGGGUUCGAGUACGGCUAUUCUUUGUCGUCGCCGGAUGCUCUCGUUAUCUGGGAGGCACAAUUCGGCGACUUUGCAAACAACGCGCAAUGCAUCAUUGAUCAGUUUAUCGCUUCCGGAGAGUCAAAAUGGCUUCAGCGUACCGGCAUUGCGAUGUCUCUCCCUCACGGGUACGACGGACAAGGCCCCGAACAUUCCUCCGGAAGGAUAGAGAGAUACCUACAGUUAUGCAAUGAAGACCCUAGGAUAUUCCCGCCUCCCGAAAAAUUAGACCGUCAACACCAAGACUGCAAUAUGCAAGUUACCUACAUGACUAGCCCUUCUAAUUUGUUUCAUGUUUUGAGAAGACAGAUGAAGCGCCAAUUCCGAAAGCGUAAGAUUUCGUCGCUCAUAUACCCAGUCUGUAGCUAACGAUUAUGUAUAGCGCUCAUAAUAUUCUUCAGCAAAUCGCUCUUGAGACACCCCAUUGCUCGUUCCGACCUAUCCGAGUUUACAGGCGACUCCCACUUCCGAUGGCUUAUCCCAGAGACCGACCAUGGCAAAGGCAUCAAAGAUCCCGAGGAAUGCAAGCGUCUACUCUUCUGCUCUGGUCAGGUUUAUGCCGCUCUUGUAAAGCAGCGUGCAGCCAGCGGGGUCGAUGAUGUUGCUAUCGCUCGUAUCGAGCAGCUUCACCCCUUCCCUUGGGCCCAGAUUCGCGACGAGCUUGAGAGAUACCCCAAUCUUGAGGAGAUCAUCUGGACACAGGAAGAGCCUCUUAACGCAGGCGCCUGGACCUUUGUGCAGCCCAGAUUGGAGACUAUCCUCCGGCAAACUGAAAACCACAGUGAAAAGCAUGUCAAGUACGCCGGUAGAGCUCCGAGUGCUAGUGUUGCUACUGGAAUGAAGUCGACCCAUUUGGUAAGUGCUUAUAAAGCCUACUGCGUCAUCGGUUGCAUUUCUAACAACCCGAAUAGAAAGAAGAACAGGCAUUUGUCAGCGAUGCUUUAGGCAUUAGCCUCAACUAGAAACAAUCGCACUUUUCCUAUCACUUUUCAGAAUUCACAUAAAACUUACCUAGAUACGAGACCAUCCACCAGAUAAAUAAAGGAGGCAGAACAUCCGGCGGGAAGUGCAGGCUGUGGGCUAAUGGCGGGCUGUUUUUUGCUAUUAUUUUAUUCCCUUUCCCCGUCCUUUUCCUAAUCGGUCACUCGGGAUUCCCUUUGAGUUUUCUUUGAGACCGGGGGCAUUGUUCUAUUUUGCUGCUUGAAAAGUAAAGCCCUAUUGUUCUUCCUUGCAUUUUCCUUCUCCUUCCGCUUUAUUACCAUCGUUGCACUAUCUUCCACAUUUCUUUUGUUCGGCUAUCAUUUGCUGGUGUUGUGAACUUGGUUUGUUUUAUUACUUCUCAUCUCAUUUACUUGACACCAACCCUACUUACCCAGAUGCUAUAUUCCUGUUUUGCGCAAUUCACGGAAAAACAGACCGGAAAGGCAAAUAGUUCAGUAUACUAUGAUACACUACACUGCAAUUUUUCUUAUUACAUUAUGGCUUAGCAUACAUUAUAUGUACUAUUAGUGGGUUUGAAAUUAUUCCUGGCAAAGCUGGAAAGGGGGGGUUCUUGCCAAUUUUUGGCAACUCUUGUAUUAGGUCGAGAGCAUACUUUAUUCGUGGUUUUAAGUGUGUUCCCUGUCAGCGGUGCUGUGAUGGAACCCUUGGGGAAAAAAAAUUGUCAAGCCCUGCAUCAGGACGGGUGCGCACCUGUCUCUAGAUACCAGACAGUGGCUUGUCUCAGGCUUUUGUUUUAGUAAAGGUUGGAGAAAGGCUUUCUACUAUGCACGAUGCAGGCUAGGGGAGAUUCAGGGACAUUGUUAUUGCUCUGUGUACUUGCCUCAGUAUGGUUCUAUAAUGCUGGAACUUUGAAUACUAAGAUGUGCUAUUUCUUGGACGAGGCUUGGCCCGGCCACGGCCCAGGGCACCCUCUUCUUGCCUGGCGUGAGUCUGUUCCGAGAAAGGCAUUUCAGGUUCCUCGGUGGUCAUGAAGCACGAUUAGACUCGAUGAAUCGAGUCCCCGUUGCAGGCCCCUUGACAUGUUGGGUUUUUUUAUGGCAUUUGCAUCAGUUCAGCUAUCUCUAGCAUGGUGCAAGAAAGUUUGGGUGAAUGAAUGGGUUUUAGAAAGGUAAAGCUCUGCAGGGAGGUUUUAGAGGAUAAGAUUAAAGUGGUGAUGGCUGGUGAAUUUCCCGACACAUGUGUUGUCUAGUCUUUGUGUUCUUCAAUUACUGUAAUGGUCCGGGAGGAAAACAGGAAUUGUGUUUGGGAGCCUUUUAUGCAGGGGGAACACUACAAGUAUAGUCAUACGAUACUCGGUACAAUCUCAACUAUUUCUUGUAUUAGGAUAAGUUAAUACCUUA